GCUGUAUUUACAUCAUCUUCAUUGACGAUGAAGUUAGAGUAGGACGACACUCCUUUGUUUAUUUCUUCCGUUACAYUUAUGGCUUCGACUAAAACACAUGAGAAAAAUACAAUUGUUAUUCCAGUAGAUGGGAGCAAAAACAGCCAUCGAGCAUUUACUUGGUACUGUGAACAUCUCUUGAAAGAAAAUGACAAGUUGAUAAUUGUACAUGCUUAUGCAGUUCCUCCAAUGCAGGCAGCAAAACACUCAAGUGUAGACUUCAAAAACCAACUCUUAGAAUGGCAAAUCCUUGUUCAGAAAGCUGAAGAAAAGGCCAAAAAAGUACUGAAGCCUUUUGAAGACAUUGCUAAAUCUCUUAAAGUACAGGUGUCAAGCCGCUUUCUUUAUGCAGGGGGAGCGGCAGGGGAAGUAGUGGUGAAAACAGCCAAAGAUGAGGGAGCAAGCCUGAUCAUCAUUGGUAGUAGAGGUCUUGGAAGCAUAAGGAGGACAAUAAUGGGAAGUGUUAGUGAUUAUAUAGUGCAUCAUACUAGCACACCUGUUAUAGUAGUGCCUCCAGGUUGAUAGCUGAACAAUGAGAUACAAUGAGAUACAAUGCUGCUUGAUAUAUGGUCAUUCAGGAUAAGUAGAGGGUAUCYGACAUAUAGCAAGGCCUUUUUGGUAAGAACGCAAGGUUCUGUAUGAUUGUACAGAAAAUUACAUUUUUGUCCAUAUAAUGGCAACMAAUUUGAAAACUCUACAUCACGUAAAUACACGCCUAAUUACAGAAAUGUUUUCCUAAAGAAAUAGAACAUUUGUACAUUAAAAAGACAAUGAAAAGCAUUCAGACAGAGUGAUUUUUCUUUUGUCUUUUUGAUUAUUCCUUUUGCACUGAAGUGUAAAAGUUCUAUUUGUACAUUUAUGUGACAUUUUUAUAAAUAGGUGUACAUUUACAUUUUAUAUAAGUAGAAUAUAAGAGAAGUCAGGACUCCAACUUAAAGCUUUAUAGCAAUUCAUUCAGAACAUUUCAGGUUUUCACCCUCUAUCAACAACUAAAACAGUUUUCCAGCRCUAGCCUACCAUUCUAAUCUACCUAUUAAAAAAAYAAAGACAAACACAACAAAMRWGCAUGCUGAUAAAAAAAUUACAUGAAUAUAUAUAAACAUUCAUUAAAAAACACAGCGUUCCUGAAAUCAAUCAAAUUAUUAUUCAAAUGAUAAAAAAAUKACAAAAAGAUGAAGGGACAUACAUGUAAAUCAAGUUAAUCUAAAUGAUAAGACAGUACACAUUUCAGCUUUUAAGAUACUACAGAAUUUCAUGCAUUACUUGAUCGAAUCAGAUAUUUUCAGAGAUUAAGCUGGUAUUUUUGAGGGUUUUCAAAUAAAGGUAAUUCUCUGGCUUUAGAAAUCCUUUAUCACUCUGCAUUCUUAUUAAAUUUUACGCUGGUUGACAUUAGAUUCGCAUUUACUAUUGAAUUAUUUAAUUUGGUACACAUUAAUUAAUAUAUUAGGUUUURAUAGAAUUCUUUGUGUCAUUUGACAUCUUGUUUAUACUAGAGCUUAUUGUAUGCUCUCAAUUAUACUAAUUUGUCCUGCAGGACAGGAAAGGUUUUGCUGUACAAUAGCAAUGACAAAAUGUGUUAUGAUACAUUUAUAUCUAAGAAAUAGAGCUAGUAUGUUAUAGAGGUUAGACUUAUUCAUGGUGCAUUUAAUGUACAUAAUAAAAGUAAUUAAGUUUGUCUUGAUUUGACAAAAUUAUUUUCAAGUU